ACACCUGGAGUCUUUCGAUCUUCCCUUUUUUUGAGGCUGGUGCAUAAUCCCGUGAGACCUCUCCAUUUUCUCCUCCCUUUUUGAUUUCUUUCGUAUGUCUACUUCUCUCUCGCCCUCUCCCUCGUCGUAAAACAACCCCUCUCCUCCUUCGUUCCCCCUUCGGAUAGCCGAUCUGCCCCAGCCCUUGCGAUCCACAUCUUAUCGAUUACCGAACCCAGUUCAACGCUCGACGGCCUUGCAUGGUGGCUUGCCUGGAGAUGUGAUUGUCCAUUGCCCAACUCCAGCCCACCUUAUCAUGAGCUGUAUCUUGACUCAACCUCUUCGCGAUUUCGCGUCGUCCAAUCUCCCCAUCUAAACUGAGCGUGAGUUGAGUUACGCCAGAUCAAGCUCGGUAUCGGUAUCUGCUCACGCGGGCCCGGCGUCAAAUCGCCCGCAACACGAACCACUAUGGCGCAAGCACUCGAGGGCUCUGAGCAAGAACCGCAGCAGCUCAUCGAAAAUGCCUUGCAAUACAGCGCCAUCCCCGCACAGCGGAUGCUUUCCCUCUUCGAACGGGUAAUCACCACGAAUGCUCCGAUCCUCGAGUCCCUACUCCUCCAGAUCCCGACCGACACCAUCCUCGCGCUCUACCACACCUCCCAUUACCUCCGCACAUUUCUCCAGUCGUAUCCGACCGCAUGGAAAUCUCUUUCAUUUCGACUUCUCUGCCCAUCGGGCACCCUACCGUCAACCCGGAUUAUCAUCCCGGGCAUGUCAGACCCGGACACCCAACGCCAAUCACGACCAUACGCUUUAGAUCAGCUACUGAUGAACGUGGUGAUCCCGUUCAGUGGAUGCCUCAGGAGCUUGGAACUGGACAACACGGCCGUCUCGGGUCAGAUUCUGAUCUCGACCGUGUUGCAUGCGCGUCGAGAAACACUGGAGCACCUGUCGGUUCGGGGCUGCAAGAAUGUAUCUCUCAAGUACCACGUUAUCCCGUAUCUGACCAUGUUCGGGUUGCAAUACGAUGUGGAUAUGGAAAGGAAUAUCGGCAGUUCCCCGGCUACUCAACGGCUUGCGCUCAAGAGUCUCUACGUGUAUCGAUGCCGUCACCACCGUCGUCGGCCGUACCUAUCUGCUUCGCUGUUGCGGAAGGACUCUGAUUCGGAGCCGACUCAUGAUUUAGUGAAUCUUUGCCACAAACUAGGGAUAUGGACCGACACUGCCUGGUGCACCACUCCAGCUGGGAGAUGUUUUCGCAGACGCGGAUAUGUCUCGAUGCGGGUUCCGCAAGGUUCUCCGGAGGUUUGGGUGGUAUUCGACCGGCUAUGGCGAUGCAAGAACUGGAUCGGUUCUGUGGACUCUAAAACGGAGCGACCGCGUGUGCCCGAUGGGAAGCUGUGGGAGAACUGCGACACGGGAUGUCAUGGUGAAGCCCUAGGGACUGGCGAAGGGCCGGAUGUCGGCGAGGGGAAGAUGACACCGGCGCAUCUACGUCAGAGCCAUACACAGUUUGUGGAAAACGUGAAAUGCGACAACUGUUUCGAUGAUAUCUCAGAACGGUGCGAGCAGUGCAGCAUCUUGAUGCAUUGUGUAGGAUGUCGGAGAACCCUUUGUGCAAGCUGUGCCUAUGAACGCCCCUACCUCCAUCGGGGCAAAUCAGCUCCCGACCCUGGAGUCAGCAGCAGCAGCAGUGACACGAGCAGUUCAACUUCCCUGUGGUGGGCCCCCGGGGCGACCCUCUCGCCCAGCUCGAUGCAGGAUCCGGUCCCAAAUCCGAUGGAUAACACUCAGUUCCAUGGGGGUGCGCCAACGUCACUUCCUGCUCUCAAGUUCCACUGGUGCUGCACGGAACCCAUCUUCUCCGGCGGAGGGGGUAUCAGCAUCGGCACUCCCAGUCGAGAUGUCGAUCAAGUGCGAGCUGUUCCGUUGCCACGUGGUCAGGGCUGGGAAGACCUCGAGUACACCGUCAGCGAGUGGAGCAAGACCUUCCCAAAAUACGCUUACGGCGACCCCAGUAAACCGGACUACUCGCUGGAAACCGGGCAUCUCGCCAUGAUGCAGUGGUUGCUUGGACCUCCCAAUCGGCAGGUAUCGCCGUGUCCGCGCAAUCUAUGUCAGGAGUGCUAUGACUCGCCUCAGUGGAAAGUACAUUGCAAAAGCUGCUCUAAGCCCCUUUGCAUUGAACAUGACCUCCGCGGGCUUCGCCUGCGCAUCUGCGGCUACAGGGACCUCGCAUUUGAGAAGAUGACCAUUCAAACCCGAUCUACGGCACACUCGUCACCUGAGGCGUCCUUUAGCCAACAGUUUCCCCGUAGCUCACAACUUCCUAACUACAUCCUCCCUUUCCGGACGUCGCGAAUCCUCGACUCCGCCAAUAGCAGCUUUAUAGACGACCCGCAGGGCGAUGUCAUCGCAGAUGAUACCGAAUCCGACACUCCGAAUGGGGACGGGUCAACCCAUCCUCUCUUCUCUCGCAAUGCAACUCGGUCCUUCUCCGCCCCACCGUCCAAUCACUCCGGAUCAUCCUCACCAACAUCCGUAUCCUCCGAGACUGCCUUUGAAGCGCCACGUUGGCAAGGAUGCCAAUCCUUCUUCUGCCCUCAGUACCGUGCCGUCGGGGAUCAACGACAACGGUGCCCGAGCUACCUCCGAGAAUGCAAGGCCUGCGCAGUGUAUGUCUGCCAGGAUUGCGUACAAGCCCACCCACCUUGCAAGUGCUCCUACUGCGAAGAAAAUUAUCUGUGCCCGAACUGCAUGAAAGUCCGUGCCCGUGACGGCACGUGCCGCCGUCGAGAAGAAGAGAAGGCUCGGAGGGAGCGAAAGUGGAAAAAGGACAUGCAGGUGCUUGAAGGCAUCUUGGAGCUCAAGGUUGCCAACGAGGUUGCCGAAUUUGCUGGCCAGUUCUUUGACCUCGUCGACCUUGACACCGGAGGCGCCAUCGUCACCAGUUGUCUCUUGGAUGACACCGAGUCCGAGGCACCCCAGCCCGCUGAACCCCCGAUGCUACCCUCAAGCAUGACCGCGGGCGUUGGUUCAAGUACUAUGUUCUUCGAGGCCAGCUUACCGGGUGCACCUGACGAUUCAGAAUAAGCUUCAUUCUCAUCCAAUGAAAGAAGCUAGCACCCCGUUCACCGCAUCUACAUCAUCUCCUUUGACUCUCUCGGGUUUCUCUGCUUGCUUUCUUUCUCUUUCCUUUAGCGAUCUUUACCUCAUACCACGGCGUCAUCGGGGAGGCUUUCACAACGAUUUCCUGACAUUUGAUCCCAUCCCAGCACAUCAUCCAACGAAUCUUUCUGCACGGGAAAUAUUUUCCGAAGCGAUCUAUGCAUGGCCGGGGGGGGCGCGAAGCGAAAUACAGGCUACUUCAACCUGGGCGUUCAGCGGCAUGAGAACGCAUACUAACGGCAUAUCCGGCACUCUUUGGUCCAUUGAUUUCUUCACCUACCCUUUGUUCUACCCCUUCCUUUCGAACGAAAAUCUUUCAAUUCAGACCGAAGCUGCAGAAGCUAAACAAGGGCCCUGUGCCCCGUUUUGCUUCUUCGGCAAUCGGGUUUGCAGGAACACAAACCGGUCUGACAACAUGGCUGGCCAAUGGAUGCAGGCACCGAGUCCGGUGCUUUCAUCAUUAUUCUAUUUCUAUUCUGCUAGGUUCCUCGGUUGCCGGGCUGGUUGAUCCAGCGCGUGAUUAGGUGAAGGAUGACAUGGCAUACCCUCGUCGGCUGGACUUAUUCCUUACGAUCAUGAUGGGCUAUGCAGCAUCCUUUAGUUUAUUUUUUUCCCAUAUAUCUUUUUUAGUGCUCGUGACCAAUAUGAACACCCAUUUCUAGUGGAUCGUCGCCCACGCGGUCAAGACGUUUGGUG